GGACCGCACUCCUGCCUCAUCCUCCUCGUCUUGCCAGUCCUCUCCUAUCUGUGUACCACUCUCUAAGUCCCAUAGUCGGAGUGAGCCAUCCGUCGAACAUGUGAUGAUGUGACAUCCACCGUGCAGAUGCACAACAUCAUUUACCCAGUUGGAGUGACCUUGCAUUUUCUGACGUGGCGUGAUUGCUGGCGUUUCACUGGUGAAGGAAGACAUGACCGGUGCUCGGUAUCUCAACUACAGCAGAUUGGGGACUAUGUAUGCGAGAGAGGCGGGAUCCGGGAACAGCAAUAAUUGCUGGUGAGUUUAGGAACCUGUCUUUUUCAUCUCAGCUCUUGUCAGAGCACACAAGCCAUUGCUAACAGGAUUCAUCCCUUACCUAGAAGCUAACUUCGGGACUGUUAUGGAGGAGGUGCUGCGCCGUUAUUUGAGAAAUUAGAAUGUGCAAGAGAUUUUUAUGUGGGUUGCUGGUAAGCAUGUCACGAACCCUCAAUCACCAGCGAUCACUGAGAGGUGUGUGGUUGGUAGUUGAGGAAGUUGGGCAUCCGUUCAUUCAAGCAUCUUUCAAGAUCAAGCGCUCAGGUCUGACCGGUGCUAUGUCCAUCUUCCUAUACGUCAGAACUACGUUUGAUAGUUAUAGCCAACAUUCGACGCGGUGUUGCACUCCCACCCAUUGCACGUUUCAUCCAGACUACCCCUGAACUUGAUGUCAUCAACUCUUCCAACACGUUUGCAGGUUAUGGAACAGCGCCUAUUUCUAGGGUGGACUUUCGUUUUCCAAGGAGGUACCCGUUGGCAUCGAACAGUCGAUAGGAUGUAUCAUGGGUGUUACCACUAUACUCUCGUCUCAAAUAUCAGACGUCUACAUCCUCAGAUUUCGUAUCGCACGACCUGAGUGUCGACACGGUCUUUGAGGGACGUCAAUGUGAUCCAUCGAAUCUACCAUCGUAUCAACUAGAACUUAUCUUGCGGAAAUGGUCUCCUAUAGACGGGAGCCGCGAGUUCAGGUGUUUCGUUUGCGAAGGUUCAAUCCUUGCUCAAGUA